CGCGAGUUCGCGAGGGCCAGCCCCGAGCUGGCUGUUUUGCUUCCCUGAUUUCAGCCCUGGAGCUGUCCCUGAGGUAGCUGCGCUGGGCCGUGCGCGUCUCGCGGAUGGGUAAACCAAGGAUGGAGAACGGGAAGUGGAGGUGCCCAAGCCGUUCUGCUGGUAUAGAGCCGAGCUGGCUGGAGAAGGUUCCGUCCCGAGUCAGGCAGUGGUCAGGAUUCCUGCCGGCCCCAGAGACCUGGCCUGAGCUUGGCCUUGGCAGGAAAGGGAACACUGGGCUUCUGUAGAGCAGGCCUGUCCGGGCCUGGGCUUGGCUGGGGCCGCGAACCGCAUUGCUGCUGGACUGCCCAGGCAGGGCCCCUGGGCACCCGGGGUUGAGACAGGCAGCAGCGCGUCCCCAUGUCCCCACAGCUGCCUCCUGAAGUGUGGGCUGCAGGUGAACAGGAAUUGCUGCUGCUGCUGGAGCCCGAGGAGUUUCUGCAGGGCGUCGCCACACUGACCCAGGUGCUCUGGUGGUGGCGGUAGUCCCUCUCCAGUUAGGAGGGAUGGGUUCCCAGCCGGGAGGCGCCUGCUCCGCCGGUCCGUGCCCUUGUAGACAGGGCUGGAGGGGGCAUGGGGCAGGCCAGGACUCCUCUCUGAUCCAAAACCGUAGAGGUUUCUAGGGUGAGAUGGAGGAAGCUCCUGGGCACCUGCGGAGGCUACAGCUGCUCCUAGAGGGUCCUGAGAAGUGUCAGGAAGCCGGGGUCUGGGCAGUAGGCUGCAGGUUUCGUCCUCUGACAGCAGACAGCCCGGCCCCUGCCUGCGAGGAGCAGUGCUCAGCUGCUUUUGCGCCAGAUCUCUGGCCCAACCUGCUGGGUGCCCUGGAUCUCCCCCGAGACCACCGCCCGGCCCCACCUGGCUGUCAUCGGGCUGGAUGUCUACCUGUGGUACCACUCACUCUCAUGCCCACAGCAGGGCUGGCUGGGACGGGGGUUCAAGGGAGGUGGGCACACUUCUGGGGUUGCUGUGGCACAGCUGUUCCCACUUCCCCAGGUGGGCUCUGGCAGAGGCCAAGCUCAGGCUGGGCCGGCCCCAUGGGGAGCGGGGAGGGACGGUCACCUCUGCUCAGGUCUCGCCAGCACGUUUCCCGGGGGACACAGCAGCCAGAGAGCCCGAAGGUGGCCGGUGCUGAGGUGGCCGUGGGCUGGCCAGAGGUGGAAGAGGCCCUGGUACUCCUGCAGCUCUGGGCAAACCUGGACGUGCUACUGGUGGCCUCGUGGCAGGAGCUGAGUCGGCACGUGUGCGCCAUUACCAAGGCUCUCGCCCAGUGUCCCCUCAAUACCGGGAAUCCCAGGCCUUUUCCUUCUGCACAGCAGGGCGCUGGGCAGCCGGCGAGCCAGUGGCAAGAGACGGCACAGGGCUGCAGGCAGCCUGGCAGAGGCAGAUCAGGCAGUUCAGUCGGGUCAGCCCAGCCGUGGCUGAUGCAGUUGUCACAGCCUUCCCCUCCCCCCGCCUUCUGCAGCAGGUGGGCCCCUCCCUCCUCGAAGCCCUCCAGGUGCAGAGGCCCCAUCCCCAGGGGCCCUCUCAUGCCUUUGCCUGCCCCUAGGCGCUCGAGGCCUGCAGCACGGAGCAGGAGCGCAUGGGCCUCCUGGCCGACCUUCCUGUGCUGCCCAGUGAAGGCGGGCGUCCCCGCAGGGUGGGGCCUGACCUCUCCCGCCGCAUCUGCCUCUUCCUGACCACGGCCAACCCUGAUCUCCUGCUGGACCUGGGCUCCUGACCACACGUGGGACCACCAGGACAGCAUGCAGCCUUGGGGACAGACCAGACACCCUGGGCGGUGGGGGAGGACCCUAGCCACAUGUGGCCCCUCAGCCUGGGUGGGUUCUCUGGCUGAGCAGGUCUGACCUCAGGGGGAGGGUGGGUGGUUGCAGGGGAUGUUUUAGGUAGCUGGGAUGAGAAGAGGGGCUUCUGGCUGGCAGGUGGCUGGUGGUUCCUGUGCUGAGUCCUGAACACAGGCCACUCAGCAGCAGGGCUGUGUGCCCCCCACACACACACUCAGCAGGGACCAGAAGGCAGCACCAGGGCCCCACUGCCACCUAGAGGCUUGGGGUGUGGCACCCUCAGCCAGAAGCAGUAGGGGACUCCCAAGGAUGUGGAGGGGCAGUGAGGCCUGGGAGAAGGCCCAGGAUGCUCACAAGCCCGGCCUCUGCAUGGAUACGUUUCAGCUCACACCAUGUGGGUGUUAGACGUCAACUCUACAUUUAUUGCAGUCCUUUAAGUCUAUGACAGCAGGGCGGCCGCUGACAGCAUGCAGAGCAAGUUAGGAACAACCGAGGCCCUGUGGGAACAGCAACGCGGGUUCCACAGGCUCUCCUCCUCGCAGCCUCCCACAAGACCUGGGGCUCAGCGCAGCCGCUUCCCCACCCAGCACAGCAGCAGAGGGGCCCUAGAAUCCCCACAGAAAGGACUGUCCCAGCCUCGGGAGCAAGAGAUGGCUCCCUCCAGACGGGCCUCAUCCAACUCUGCCCUGGAGUGUGGCUGGAAGGAAGGGACAGAGAAAACGGCUGUCCCAGCCCAAGAAGGCAGUUCCACUGGGAAGUGAGUCAGGUCCGGCGGCAGCGCUUCCUCUGGCAGGGCCGAGGCUCGCGGCUGCUGGGGUGGGCCGAGGUCGCCGCCUGGGGAUCGGACACCGGAGCCUUGCGGCGGCUGCAACUCAUGCUCAGGACCCAGCCCAGCUUGUUGUAUAGCACCUGCUUGAGGCCUGGCGGCAGCGGCAGACCCUCCAGCGUGUCCCCCGAGUCUGGUCGCAGCUGGCGCAGGCGGUGGCAGCAGAGGUACUGGAGGGAGGUGGCGCUGGCGCAGGAGCGGGUGACCUUCAUGCUGCUCCGGGCCGCCGUGGAGCACACCAUCGGGUAGAAGCUCUUGUUCCACAGCUUGGUGGCUGCCACACCUGGAAGGGAGGGGCCAGCCUGAACCCCAGGCAGGGAAGGGGCCAGCUAUUGGGUGCAGCCCCUCAGACCUCAUGCUGCAGUCACCUGGGUGGACAGCUGCCACAGCUAAGGCAAGGCAGGGUACACGCGCAGGCCCUGCCACUCCAGCCUGGCCUCACUGUCCCACCCCCUGGGACCCGGGGGCCUCAGGCUUCUGGGAGGAACCCUUUCAGGAAACCUCAGUGUCCACUGGGCUGGGGUGGGGUGGCCGCCUCCCUCAGGGUGACCGCUGAGAGGAGCUCAAAUCCUGUGGCAGCCUCACCUAUGCACUUCCUAUUCUUGAAAAAGGUUAGCGUGCCAUGCCAGGUGUCCAGGUGUACGCCAAUGAUGGAGCCCUGGCCAAACCGCGACGAGAAGCUGGUCUUGUCGCCCUUGUGGUGGAGGAGGCCUGGGGGCAGCCAGGAUUGCAGUGAGCCCAGGAGCUCCAGGCUCAGCCCCGCCCCACCCUGGGCCUCACGCACCCGUGUAAGAGAGGCCCCAGCUGUCCUCAUCCCUGCCCAGCAGGCUGCAGAAUGUGUGGCGGUAUUUGUCGAGGUCCACAUCCGACGUCCCGAUGCCCACCAUCUAGGAACGGGGGCCAGGCAGAGGGCACAGGGCUGGGCUGCUGGAGCCAGGUUCCCCAGAAGCACCCUGGGCCGAAGCAACUUACCAUGUCAGUGCCAUAGACGGGCGAGGUCAUCUUGAUCUCCCAGAAGUGCUGGCCCUCCCCCAGCUCCUUGGUGCCCCGGAUGGCCGCUGUGCCGCAGCUGUACUCCAUGUGGAAGCUGACCUUACGGUUGUCACAGCUCAGCAGGGUAGCUGACGACUUAUUCAAGUCAUCCCAGACCCAGUCGAAAUCUGCAAGAGAGGCCCAGGCUGGGGCAGCCCUGAGAGCUCCAUGGGGCUCUGCCCUGCCCGCCCCCAGGCCCGCCCGCAGUGCAGUCCCAGCAGGGGUGGCCCCCACGCUCACAUUCAUCUUCCUCUCCGCAGCGGCAGUCCUUGCCCCGGUGGGCCGAGUGCAGGCUGCUACAGAAGGAGGCCUCACUCUGCCCAGCACAGUCACAGAAGGACUCGCCGGUCACGGGCACCGCACUGGGGAUGGAUGGCGGCAGCGCGGAGCACUCGGGGUCGGAGUCCGAGUCGCUGUGCUGGGAGAGAAGGGCCGGCUGUUCCUGCCUGUCGCCUGCUCUCUGCCCUCUCACCCUUGCCCUCUGCCAGCCCAACCUGAGUCUCUUCCUCCCCUAUCCCCGACCCACCCAGGAAAGGAUGGGGGUCCAGGCCUCCAGGGACUUCACAGUACCCCGAGCGCAUGGCCCAGGCUCCUUCCCAACAGGCUCCAGCUCUGCCCCAUUCUGCAUGACCAGGAGGGCCCCGGAGGCCCAGCCACUGAGCAGCAGCCAAGGCCGCCUGGCCUCCAAGUGGUUUCUACACGGUAGAUGAGCCCCAGGCCCACCCCACCUGCCCAGAGCUGAGAUGGUGUGGACACCUUCCCUGCUAGGCCAGCCCCGCAGGGGCCCCCAGGCAAGGCCACCACCCCUGCACCAGGCCCAGCUGCAGCCACCUGGCCUCAGGGCAGUCCCUACCGCACUGUGGCCCAAUGACCUUCCUGUUACCUGAGCAGACCUGGCUCACCACAGGGUCCUACUGCCCAGUGCCCACUACAGGCCCCGCCCCUCCUGGUGCAGGUUUCAGCUGUCACCUCCCUGAGGCUUCUCCAGCCCCUUCGUCCCUGUUCCAUUUUUCUUCUUUUGCUUCACUGAAGUUCUCCUUGGUCCUGAUUCUUGGCCUCCUCCCACCAGAAUGUGAGCUCCUUGUGGGAGGCGGUGCCCCUCCCGGCCUCCUCCCUGUCACAGGCUGUGUGGGGGUCACCCAGGGGUUGAAUGGACCGGGGGGUCAGCAGGGAGAGUGCUAAGUGGCGGGGUGGGGGGCCUGUGGCAGAGGCCUUGUGACAGUGAGGGUUGAGGGCUGGUCCAGAGAGGUGAUGUGACCCCCAGGAGAAGCCACAGGGGACCAUGACAUGGGUGCCACCAGCUUCCAGGUGAACGUGGACCAAUCCAAAGCCAGCUUCAGGGCAGGACACUGUCCUCUCUAGAGGGGAUGGCCCCACCCCACAGACAAGGCAGGCCCAGACGACUCUACCCCACUGCCUAGAAGUGCGGGUCCCCAAAGCCAGGGGAGACCCCGAGUCAGGAGCCCGGGCACAGAACUGAGCACUUGCACUGCAGGCCCAGGGCCGGGCUCCCUGGAGAAGGAGACAGACGGAACGCCACUGCCUACCUCCUGCCCACAACAGACUGCAGGCCCAUUUGGUGACACAGGACAAGCAGCACAUGUGUCGGGCACUGCCGAGCCUGCAGGCACGCCUGCAUGCCACAGCCACGAGCCUGUGAGGCUCAGGACAUGUGACCUGCAGGAGCUGGAGGCGAGCGGGAGGGCAGGUUGGGGCCUCUCCCUGGCUGGAGCAGAGAGUUCCAGGAGACCCCAGGACAGCCCCCACCCGGUGGGUAAGGACCCUGUUUCCCAAUUUGCCCCCAAGGCCUAAUGGACCCACCGGGCUCAGGGGCUCCUCACUCCCAGGACACCUGGCUGAGCCUAAACAGCAGCGCAGGGCAGCUGUGGCAGCAGAGAGCAGCGCCAGGCCACGCAAGCAGCCGCCCCGGAAGGACACGGCCCAUGAUGACAGAGGACAAGCAGCAUGCGUGUGUCAGACACUGGCCUGGCCUGUGGACACGCCCGCAUCCCACAGCCAUGACCCUGCGAGGUCAGGAGAGACUGCUCCAGGGCACAUGACCUGUGGCAGCUGGAAGUGGGGCAGGAAGGCGCAGCCACACUCCUGCUCUGGUCCGAGGCAGAUCUCAGGAAACCGACUGGAAAAUCACCCCCCACAGGGACCCCCACCCCUCCCAGCCUCACUGCGCCCCGUCAGGCCAGGCAGCUGCCCUCAGGGUCUGCCAAGGCGGGGGUCAGGGGCCAUGGGUGCAGGUAGCUCUGCCUGCAAAGCCCACAAGCACAUCAGAUCACCUGGGCUGCAGACAGAUAAACACCUGAGCUGUUCUGAACACCUCAGGUUCCUGGCCUCCCUGAGCAGGUGCAGAAAUUUUUCAAGUAUCAGGGUUUUUUUGUUUUUUUUUUGUUUUGUUUUUUUUUUUUUUUUUUUUGAGACGGAGUCUCGCUCUGUCGCCCAGGCUGGAGUGCAGUGGCGCGAUCUCGGCUCACUGCAAGCUCCGCCUCCCGGGUUCACGCCAUUCUCCUGCCUCAGCCUCUCCGAGUAGCUGGGACUACAGGCGCCCGCCACCACGCCUGGCUAAUUUUUUGUAUUUUUAGUAGAGACGGGGUUUCACCGUGGUCUCGAUCUCCUGACCUUGUGAUCCUCCCGCCUCGGCCUCCCAAAGUGCUGGGAUUACAAGCGUGAGCCACCACGCCCGGCUUUUUGUUUUUUUUUAACACACAUAUAUGUGAAUAAAGAGUAUCUGUUUGUAGUGGCAGAAGAAGCGUCCAGUAGGACAACCAGCAAGUUAACAAUGGUCACCUCCAGAAAUGGGCUGGGUAAACCAAAGAAUCUUUUUGUUUUUUUUUUUUUUCGAGUCAGGGUCUAGCUCAGUCACCCAGGCUGGAACGCACUGGUGUGAUCAUGGCUCACUGCAGCCUUCAUCUCCCUGGCUCAAGCAAUCCUCCCAGCUCAGCCUCCUGAGUAGUUGGGACUACAGGCACGUGCCACCACGCCUGACAAAUUUUUUAAAUUUUUGUAGAGACAGCGUUUCACCAUGUUGCCCAGGCAGGUCUCAAAACUCCUGGGCUCAUGUGAUCCUCCAGCUUCAGCCUCCCAUAGUGCUAGGAUUAUAGGUGUGAGCCACAGUGCCCAGCCCCAUAGUGGAGAAUUUCUGUUGAAUGAACCAAAAGCAACUGCCAACCUCUCCAUACAGCAUGUUUCAGAGGAGAAAGCGCAGUGAAGAAUGCAGGGUGUUUUGGGGUCCUGUCACCCCUGAAGCUGUGUGAGUCCUUUGUCAAAUUAAAGAGUCUUACUGAA